AUGAUAUAUAGUGUUAUACAAGAUAGAUCAAAGAUACAAACAUUUACACCAACACUUUUUACCAUGUCAAAUCAACAAUCAACAGCUGAAAAAAGUGUUCAAACUCAAGAUUCAACUAUACCAACAACAGUAUUUAUAACAAAUAAUCCUGAGAAUACUGCUACUGAAGUUGCUAAUACACUUGUAUCAAUGGCUACUGGACGACAAAGAGUACCAACAACAACAACAGCAACAACAACAACAAUUAAACCAUUAAAUGUAAUUAAUGUUCCAAAUCAAUCGUCAUUACCAAUUUUAUCACUUGCUGAAUUUACAACAUCUCAUGGUGUUCCAACAGCAACAGCAUUAGCUCAUCAAGCUAAAUUACGACCUAGAAAACAAGAAAAUAUAUUAGAAAAUAAUAAUAAUAAUAAUAAUAAUAAUAAUAAUGAUGAUGAUAAUAUAUCAAUGUCAACAGAUGAAUAUAAUCAAAUAUCAAAUGAUUCAAAUACAGCAAUAAAGUCUCGACGAGGAAAAAUAAAUAAAUCAUUAUCAACAUCAAAAAAUAAAAAAGAUCAAUCAAUUGAACCAAUUCAAUAUGGACCAAUUUUAGUUAAACCAAGAAAACAUAUUGCACCAACACUUUCUAAUGGUCGAAAAAGUAAAGAUGAAGUCCUUCCACCUGAAGAAGAUUUAAAACGUAAACAACGUCGUGAUAGAAAUAAACAAGCAGCAGCUAAAUGUCGUAAAAAACGAAGUGAACUUCGUGAACAUUUAGAAAAAACUGAACAAAUAUUAACUGAACAAGAACAAAAUCUUCAACGUUCUGUACAAAAUUUAACUGAACGUAAACAUCAAUUAGAACUUUUAUUACAUCGUCAUACAUGUUUAAAAAAAUCCCAUAUACCAUCAAUUACACAAACAACUUCAAAUAAUUUUAAUUUAACAAAAACAGAUGUUCAAACAAUUCCAACAACAGAUUCAAAUAAUAGUAAACGUGUUACAAUUAAUUUAACAAAUGCACAAGAUUUAUUUACAAAUCCAUCAUUAACACGUAUUACAACAACAACAACAAAUGAUGCUUCAUCAUCAUCAACAACAGUACCAAUGAUAACAAUACAUAUUUUACCAGAAGUAGCACAAGCACUACUUGGUUCAACAUCAGUUGAUAGAAAUAAAUUAGCUGAUUUAAUACAACAAGCAAAUGCAAAUAAUACAUUUUUAACAACAACUAAUAAUCAUGUUACAUCAGACUCAAUACCUACAAAUACAUCAUUAAAUCAUACAAAUUGA